AUGUGCCUCAAGAUCAUCGUCGUUGGUGCAGGCGUCGCUGGCCUGGCAUCGGCAGCCAUGCUCCGAGCAGGCGCCGACGUCACCAUCUUCGAGCGCGGGGACGCGAGCCAAGUCGCCGGUGGGCAAGGUCUUGCUUUCGGGCCCAACGCUGUCAAGAUUGUCGAGAAAUUUGGCUAUGACCGCCGGCGCGUGCGAGCCGUCGAGAGCAAGGGCAUUAAAGCGUACGAUGGCGCAACCGGAGCUCUGAUUGAUCCCGACACUGGAGUUGUCACGCUCGAGAAUGGAGAGACUCUCCAGGGGGAUGUCAUAAUCGUGGCAGCCGGCAUCCACACAAAGAUCAAGGAAAAGAUUGUCGGCAGCAGUGAAUACGCCACAACGCCCACCGAUCAGAGCAUUUUUCGGGUUCUGGUGUCUUCAGAGAAUGCCCAAAAGGUCGCUGGCCAUCUUCCUGACUGGUGGAAUCCCGAAGUGGGCGCCUACCUUUCCGUUACGCGACUCAACGACGGCACCAACAGGGCUGUUAUCACGUACCCGUGCCGUGACUUUCAAUACGUCAACUUUAGCUGUGCCUUCCCCAACGAGUACCUCAAGCAAGACGCUACAGAGUCGUGGUUCACUGACGGCGACAUUAACGAGGUUUUGGACAUCUUUAAGGACUUUCCUCCGCCUUAUCGAGAAUUCAUGCAAUACGCCGAGGAAGUCAAAGUGCGGGAGCUCCGGGACCAUGACCCUCUCCCCACCUAUGUCCGCGGCCGGGCCGUCUUGAUAGGCGACGCGGCGCACGCCAUGGCGCCCUUCCAAGGCCAAGGAGCCGGGCAGGCAAUUGAGGACGCCGAAGGGCUGAGGUUGUUACUCGAGCCAGGUGUGACACCACUAGAUGUCCCAAGUAUCCUCCAGCAGUGGGAGGCGGUGCGGAGGCCUAGGGCGUCGCAGGUGCAGCUCAACACCCGCAUGGCGAGCAAGAAGCUGGAUGAGGUGAAUUCUUUCCAGAACAUGAACUACAACUGGACGUACAAUGGCAUCAACGAGGAGCUCAAGAGGGCGUGA